GCAGCUGAAGCCUUCGGGGGCACAUCUUCCAUAGCACUGCUCUUCGUGGCAAUAUGCUUGGGGACUGGCGGAAUCUCUCGGCAGACGUUCAAUUCCUACAGCUGGCAUCUUCUGUUCCUCAUCGGGGGCGGUAGUGCUCUAGGCCUGGCGGUGCGCGAGAGCGGACUACUGAAGCUUGUUACGGAGAUUGUCAAAAGUGGCCUGUCGUCUUCCCCUUGGCCACUGGUGGCAGAACUCAUCCUGGUGCUGGUGGGCGCGACAACGUUCGUGUCGCACACCGUUGCCGCACUUGUGCUGAUGCCAUUGGUUGUUGAGCUGGGCGAGGAAGCCGGCGUCGAGCGGUUGGCAGUGUUGCUUGGUGCUUUUGCUUGCUCGGCAGCCUGCGCCCUGCCUAUGACCAGCUUCCCGAACGUGAACUCCCUGAUAGCAGUCGACGACCGUGGCAAGCCCUGGCUGUCCGUGAAGCACUUUCUCAUGGCCGGAAUCCCCACCACCCUGGUGCUGACUCUGCUCCUGAUCAGUGUCGGCUACCGCCUUGGCGUGUGGGUGCUAACCUGA